UUCACCAUCCUUCGUCCAUAUAAUACUUCGGUGAUGGCGUCCCCCCAUGUUUUCCCUUCUUUUUUCUCUUCCAAUUUUCCAACCUCCUCCUCCUCCCCUAACUACUCCUCAUCUUUCUACUUUUCCCCUUUUUAUUUGUUUGGCCAUUUUCCGAGCAAAAGCGUGCUUUAAACCCAAAACUCAUUUAUUUUUCCCCUUACAGCAACAUUUACAUUAUUUCCAUGUUUUCACUUUUUUCUUUUAUUCUGAUCGGCCAAUUAAUUUUUGUCGUUAAUUCUAACCAAUUGAGGCAUUCAUUGGCCAAUAAACAAUUUAUUGACCAAUUAACUGAAGGAUCCUAUGAGAUUAUUCACCCCUUUCAAUUGCGCGAAAAAUCAAGAGAAAGAAUGGGAAUCGAUACAAGAGAACAUUUUUUAAACACAACACCAAUUCAACAUUUUCGACAAGUUAGCUUUGUUUUGAGGAGCAGUGUUUUACUUAAUCAAAGAUUGAGAAUAGCUUUAAAUUUAAAUGAACAUUUGUUGGGUGGAGGGGAAAAUAAAAAUGAGGCACAGUUAAUUGAUAAAACAGUAAUACAAUCUGAACAAGGUAUGGAAGUGAUUAGGCUUUCGGAUGUUGAGAAUUGUUUUUACCAGGGCACAGUUAUUGGAGAGCCAGGGUCAAUGGUCACUCUGUCAACUUGUGACGGCCUUUGGGGAUUGCUAGCAUUUGCAAAUGGAAGUGCUUUGGGAAUUUGGCCGUUAGAAGGGGGAGAUAAAGGGAAAAGACAUCCUCAUGUACUCUUUCGAGUUUUUGGGAAUGGAACAGAAUGUGGAAGGGAUAGUAAUGAUAUUGAAGGACAACAACAAGAAAAAUUUAUCAAAAGAAGACGAAAAAGGACAAAAAAAUUUAGAGGGAAGAGGAGAAGUGGAGGAGAAGAAAAUUUGAGACGUUUAAGGCAACAAAGAUUAUUUUUGGAUAUUGCUUUGCUUGUUAAUAAAGAAAUGCAAUAUUUAUUCAAUAUUGGCCAACCAAAAUUAUUAGAAUAUUCAUUAAAUGCUUUAAAUAUUGCUGAUUUAAUAUUUAAAAAAGGAUUAAAUAUUAGAAUUUCUUUAAAUUAUUUUUCUUUAAUUGAGAAUUUAAAUAAAAAUAAUUCCAAUCAAUUACUCGAUGAUUUACUUGAUUUUACAAUUAAUAAAUUAUAUAAAGAAGAGAAAGAUGUAACAAUAUAUUUAACUAAUUUAAAUAAACAACAACAAAAUAAUGCUUUAAAUGUAGAUAAUAGUGUUUGUAGUGGGAGGGCUGUUGGCUUUACUCAGAUAUUUAAUUUAUAUGGACCACAAACAGCAGCAUUAUCAUUUGCUCAUUCUUUGGGUCAUAUACUUGGUUUAGAACAUGAUUUGGCUGAAUGUGGUUGUGAUAUGGAAGAGUGUAUUAUGAGUGGUAGUAAGGGUCAAUUUGACCAUUUUCCUUGGCAUUUUUCUGCUUGUUCUUCAGCAAGACUUGAAAGAAAACGUUCUGCUGAUCCAAAAAUGGAAUGUCUUUUAAAAUCUAGUAAUUUAUUUUCACAAUUUUCUCCGUCUUUUCUUUGUGGAAAUGGACAAGUAGAUCAAGGAGAGGAGUGUGAUUGUGGAAGGCGGGAUCAAUGUACUGACCCUUGUUGUGAUCCUUUUACUUGUAGACUGCGGCCACACGCCAAUUGUGCUGCACAUGAGGAAUGUUGCCAUCGUUGUCAUGUUCGUCCAUCCGGACAUUUAUGUCGACCAACCCGUUCAAUUUGUGAUGUAGCGGAAAGAUGUGAUGGAAAAAGUGGUGAAUGCCCGCCUGAUAGUCAUUUACUCGAUGGGACACAUUGUGGAUUGGGAAAUAAUGGGCAAUGUUGGCAGGGGGAUUGUGUGGAUAGUGAUGAACAAUGUAGAGAGAUUUGGGGAAAAGGCUCUCGAGUAGCAGAAUCACUUUGUUUUAGUAAAAACGGACAUGCUUUAGAAUAUGGGAAUUGUGGGCGUGAUACCGAGGGAAAGUUUGUAGAGUGUGCACCCGAAAACGAGAGGUGUGGAUUGCUUCAAUGCCAUGAAGGAUCAGCAAGUCCAACAAUACCUAACGCUACAGCUUUUGCUUUCCAAUUUGUACAAGAAGAACGUCAAGUUCAGUGCAAGGUCGUCACAAAUUCUCCUCUUGGCUUUGUUAAAGAUGGAACUUCCUGCGGUGAAGGACGUGUUUGCAUUAGAACUGUUUGCCUUCCACUUGCUCAAGUCUCUCCAUCUGUCAAGUGCCCAAGCAGUGGUUCUAAUAUUUCUCAAUGUUCUGGACAUGGGGUAAAAAUUAUUAUUGAAAAUUUUAUUUAA